CCAGCAGGUGUAUCCCGUUACUUCGUUAAGCUCUGACUGGUUAAGACUGCUCUCUCGCACCAUUUUUAACCCUUCACCUUUGGCAGUUAUUCUACUGGUUGCCUUCAGAAUGAUGACUGCAAGCCUCUCGCUGGGGGGUUCCCUUUUUGUCUUGCUGAUUGUGGAUGUAUGCGGCCUUCCUCUUGAGAAAGGCUCUAAUCCCAGCACUCAAUACAGGAUAACUAGUGUAAACACUGAAGAUAAUCUUGCCUCAAACCCAAGAGGAACUUUAGCCAACUUGACUCCAGGGCUUGUUCCCUACAGCCCUCAAUACAGAGGGGUUCUAGUCCCAGUAUAUGUCAGCUCCAGUGUUUCUCAACCUACUCAGGCCGGUGGAUACACAGCUGGCUCUACAUUAACUGGGGGUUCAAAUGUUGGUGCUUCCUCCGGUAGCAGUAACACGAACACUGCAGGUAAUGUUGCCUUGACCAAGGGAGGACCUUAUGCAUACCCAUCCUCUGUAGUUGUACCUUACAAUGCUCAGUAUGGAGGUGUCGCAGUGCAGCAGCCUGGUUUCUCACAAUAUGCUGGCCAGAGUGUGCCAGCACCAUACACCGGCUCCAGUUACUCAGCUCCUGCUCAGGCAAGCAGAAGCACAGCUGGCUCUGCACAAACUGGAGGAACUUCUCAACCUGCAGCUGAAAUCAACUGGGCUGUUCCACCUCAUAAGCUCGGUGAGGAAUCAUCCCCCAACCCUCAAAGCCUUGCCUCUGGCACAGCUGAUGAGCCUGGUGCGCUUGUACCUGCGUACCAACCAGGAGAGUUGUCCCACUAUGAGAAGGCUGCUGAGGCUGGGGACUACCAGUCAGAGACAGAAGAACUAGGUCGCAGGACUGUCCCAGCUACGAUGGAGGCUAUUGCUGCUGCGGGUGGACUGGCAUCCCCAGGCUUUUCCACAGGACAGUUUGGAAUGGGUGGACUGUGGGGUAGUCCGUAUCCUUCUUUUGACUUCUUGUUCCUGACCGGCCAGUACCCUGUGGGCACAGUCAGUCACUUCAACCAGGACUACGAGCAGGGACAAGACUACGCUCACAGCACUCACUACCUGAAAGACCACCCCUACCCUGGCUUUGCACAGUCAGUGCGGACUGUUGGAGCAGCUGAGAGCCUUCAGACUCCCAGCUUGUAUGUGAGCAGUCCAGUGGUGGGAGGUUACUACCAGGUUGGCGCCCAAACAGUACCCGCUUCUUCCUACACAGAUAAAAUACUAGCUGAAUCUCAAAGGCGUGAGCACAAGUUUAAUCAAUAAAGUCUUAUGAAAUUCUC